CUUUACAGCUCCCUGGCAAUUGGAACCACAACUGGAUACAGGCUUUUCUCUUUAAGCUCUGUGGAACAACUGGACCAGGUCCAUGAAAGCAAUGAAAUCCCAGAUGUUUACAUCGUGGAGCGUCUGUUCUCCAGCAGCCUCGUGGUUGUGGUCAGUCAUGCCAAACCACAGCAAAUGAACGUUUACCACUUCAAGAAAGGGACAGAGAUCUGCAACUACAGCUAUUCCAGUAAUAUUUUGUCCAUCCGGCUGAAUCGUCAGAGGUUGAUUGUUUGCCUGGAGGAGUCAAUUUACAUCCAUAAUAUUAAGGACAUGAAGCUUUUGAAGACUAUUCUGGACACACCUCCAAAUACAACAGGUCUGUGCGCUCUCUCCAUUAACCACGCCAACUCCUACUUGGCUUAUCCCGGCAGCGCGAGCAGUGGGGAGAUCGCGCUGUACGACGGAAACACUCUGAAAACUGCCUGCACCAUCCCGGCCCACGACGGGCCUCUGGCUGCUCUAACCUUCAACUCCACGGGCUCGAAGCUGGCAAGUGCCUCUGAAAAGGGCACAGUCAUUCGUGUAUUUUCCAUUCCUGGUGGGCAAAAGCUCUGCGAAUUCCGGCGAGGGAUGAAAAGAUAUGUGAACAUCAGUUCCCUGGUAUUCAGCAUGGAUUCCCAGUUCCUGUGUGCUUCCAGUAACACAGAGACCGUGCACAUCUUCAAACUGGAACAUCUCACGGACAGCCGACCAGAAGAGCCUCCAACCUGGAGUGGUUACAUGGGAAAGAUGUUCCAGGCUGCCACCAACUACCUCCCGGCUCAAGUAUCAGGAAUGAUGAACCAGGAUCGAGCCUUUGCUACUGUCCGCUUAAACAUCUCUGGACAAAGGAACAUCUGUGCCCUUUCCACGAUCCAGAAGCUGCCUCGAUUGUUAGUGACGACGUCGGAUGGACACCUCUAUAUCUACAACCUGGACCCACAAGACGGAGGGGAGUGUGUCUUAAUUAAGAAACACAGUCUGCUUGGCUCAGGAAAGAUGGAGGAGAACAAAGAAAAUGACCUCCAGCCUCCGUUACCUCAGUCUUAUGCAGCAACCGUAGCCAGACAGAGCACAGUGCCUUCAACGUCGACUAUGCCAGGUUACUCGGAGGACGGUGGUGCACUGCGAGGAGAGGUUAUCCCAGAGCACGAGUUUGCAACCGGACCAGUGUGUCUUGAUGACGAAAAUGAAUUUCCUCCUAUAAUCCUGUGCCGUGGAGCUCAGCCGGGCAAGGCAAGGAGGUCGUGAUGGGAAGCAAACAUCUGUGCUCAGGACGGUGCUGGGAGACCCCUCGAAAAAGCCAGGAAUGUCAAAGAGAAGACUUGUGUGUCCCAAAGACGAGAGAAAAAAUCCCAGGUGGGCCCUGCUUUCUCCUAGAGUCUGUUUAUGUGAGUACCCGGCCCCGCUAGUCCCUUGCUCGCAUCGGUGUCGGGGUGGGCUGUUCAUGUACUGUAUGCACAUCGCUAUAUUUAACAAAUUAUAUGGUAGAACCACAGUGUAAAUGCUAAUUUAAUCAGAUUUGUAUGUAACCAGAAUUUUAUAUACUUGUUUUUCCCUUUUCUAAUUUAUGCCGUUUUAUGUGUAUAAAUGUACUUAUAGGAAGAUAUAUUGAACUUAUGUCUUUGUACAGUAUAUACAUACUAUUUUAUCCGGGCAAAGUAUUUUUGCAGUGAUAUUAGAGAAGAUGAAAUGUGCUGUGUUUAAUGACUGAGAAUAAAGUCCCAGUCUGUCCC